AUGGCGGCCACACGAUGUCGAAAUCUUGAAAAUUUGCUGAAAUUUAAGCCUAGAAGCAGGGAAAAGAGAAAGCGCCUAUACAAAAACCUGGUCACCGCUCUUGUACAAUAUGAAAGAGUGGAGACGACGAUAAACAGAUGCCAUGAUUUGUCACGAGUGGCAGAAAGGGUGAGCCCAUGCAAAAUAGCUUUAAAAUGGAUUUGUAUGGGUAAUAGCAUGAUUAGUUGUGAUAUUUGGCAUAACCACCAUGAGUGAUAUUUCGACAUUGUUAUACGUAAUUUCAGGAGCCGUUAGGUGAGUGAAAUUUGAGACAAUUUUGAAAUAUCACGAGUGGUAUUUAUGCCAAAUAUCACUACCCACAAAAGGUUUGUAAUUUUGACAUGUAGGUAUUUCAAAUUAAGCUGUAAUACCACUGCUCUGAGCCAAUCAAAUUGCAAAAUGAAUGAAUGUAAAAUUUCACAAAAUGACAUCUAACACAUGAACUUUUACCUGUGUUUGCACAAUUCUUGAGAAAUUUGACAUUCAUUUUCUAGGACUACCAUGAGAAAUUUUCUUUAAUGUUAUUACAGAUGACUAAUACAUCUUAAGCCCUUGAAAAAUGUAAAAAAGAAUGCAAUAUUUUUUAAAUUGUUCUGGCACAAGGAUUUUGUCUACUGAAAAUUAAAAUUAAUCAAUUUCCUGGUAGAUUCUCUCUUAAGCUUAAUGUUGUCUGGGAAGAAGGAUAUUUAUCAAAGCAUCACAAAAAGUUUCCAAAAAUCUCACUUCAUUAGAGCCCCUGUGCCCUAUCAUAAAAAAGCUAUCAACACGGCCAUAAACUAACUAGGGGGGAGGGGGGAGUGGAGAGGGUGCAUAAUACUAGGUCAAUUACCAUCUUCCCCCCCACCCAUGGCAUUUGUCGGUCAUUUGUUACCUUGUCAGUCCAGCUGGUGGGGAAUUUGUCAGAAAACCUCUGCCCAGGGGUGGGGCAUUUUUCCAUUUUUCUGGAAACAGCAUUGUUCCUUUUUCAAUAGUUCGCUCAAAAUAUGCCUGUUUAGAUAACUAUUGGUAUUUCUAUAAAGAAUAUUUUACGAGUGGUUUUCACUCCAUCACCAGCUUACCCCACAGUAUUUUUUUGCAUCCAUCUAAGAAAUCGCUCCCUGCCAUUGUCAUCAGUUUGCACAUGGAGGAAAAACAAUCAAUAAUAUUGAUGCAUCAUUUGAAGAGUUAAAAGGAAAGACACACUCUUUGUGAGUGAACUUUCGAAGGAGAAAGGCCUAGAAAAAUUCUGCGAGAUAUUUGAAAGCUAAUAUCAACUUCGUGUUUUGUGUGAUCAAUGCAUCAAUAAUAAAUACGUUAUCAGAAUGGUUCCAUCAUGAUGAAAAAAAUACUCAUGUGAAGAUCGUGCGUCAUUAGAGAUAUUAUAUUUUGCUAGUGUAUAGUUCUGUCAUUAAUAUUAACCAUAUCCUAUGUGAUUAUUUUUUUGCGUUAUAUUUAUAACUAGUGGCUAGGAGUGAUUUGUGAAGGGUGCUUCACAUGUUUUGAUCAGAUUAUAACAGUUUUCAUAUAAAAAUGGCAUUUGCAGCAUAUUUACUGGAUAUUGCAAUUUCGGUGUUGUCCUGGGGUGGGGCAUUUGCACAGUCUUAAAACCCCACCAUGAGGCCUCUGUAUGAACCACCCGGCCCCACCAUGGGGCAUUUGCAGCUUUUCCAAACAAAAGUGGCAAAUGCCCUGUGAGGGGGGUGGGGGACGUGGGCAUACUUGGAAUUGACUGAGCCAUAACCUGAUCUGGGAGGUUGAAAUUUUCUAUUCCGGGAUUUUUUUGCAGGAAGAAAAUUUGAGCAGGUAUUUUUUGGGUGCCUUGGUUUAAAUAGGGAAUAAGUUUGGGGGUAUUCAAAAUGGUCUGAACAUUGGUGUAGUACUGGGCAUGUAUGCAAGCCACGUAUUUCUAGACUUAAGGGUCAAAGUGUUUGGUUUUUGGUUCCAGAUGAUUGACCUUGCUAAACAAGGAGAUGAAGAAACAAUAAACAGCUGGAUAACAGUGAGUAAAUUUUUUAAAUUCCCCAUGGCUUCAAUUUGCACUAUGACUCCACACACUCACAUAGUGUAAACUAACAUGUGGAUGAGGCUGGUGACAGUGUGUUUAACCCUUUAAACCCUAAGAUCAAAAUUUGAAUUCUCAUUUGUUGCCUCUAUUCAUUUCCUACAGAAGUAGUCGGGAGAAGUUGAAAAAAUAUCAAGCAAAUUCAUCUUGGGUGAUCAUGUCUGUAAUUCUCAUAACCACUCUGUUUAACAAAGCACAGAUAUUACAAGGAGAAAUUUGAUGCUGAUCACUCUUACGGCUGAAAGGGUGAAUACAGGUCUAUUUUACAGAAAAUACGGGAGGACUUGGGUCUGCUUAAUAAGGGUACCUCUUGAUACAGGAUUUUUUUUUGUGAUCUUCUAGAAAAAAGAGUUGAUCCCCAAAGUGUUUGGCCACCUUUUGCCUCGUUAUGAAGACAGGGUGAGUGGCUACACAAAGGUGUACAAAAUACCUCCACGCAAAACAGAUACUGCCAAGAUGGGAAUUGUGGAAUUUAUUGGAAAUGAACUUCCUCCUCUACUGCCGUCAGAUGAUGAAUUAAGAAAACUCCGACUAGAAAAACUGAGGGACAUGAGUAGAAAAGGAAUUCCUGUCAGCGGAACACCGGUGUAAUUAGAAGUGAUCAGUUGAUUGGAAGUUUUGUACGAGGAUGUUUGCUGUUGGCAUAGUGAUAAGAUCUUGUGCUCUUUUUUACAGUGGAGAAGCUGAGUGUUGGUUCAAAAGGCAUUUGAUCCAAAAAUUUUCCCUUAAUUCUCUGGCAAGAUUCAUCACUUCAGUCUCUAAUUUUUGUGUGCAAUAGGUGGGCUUAUGUAGGUGAUUUAUGAAUUAUGAAUUCGAUCAUUCGUCUAUGUGAAUACGCUUAUUGUUGCACGUAUUUUGCUUCCUGUAAAAAUAUAAGCCAUCCCUUCCCCACUCAAAUCGAGGACUGACUUAGCAACUUAACAACAGACAUCAUCAAGUAUCAUGAAAGGCCUUAGAGAUUUGCACAAGUUAUUAAAUAUUUUUAAAAGCCUUUCUUCAUUAAGGCCUGUUUACUUUGACUCAUCAACACCAAAGUACUCUUUAUGGAGAUGACAUUAAGAGCUUGUGAGUGCAGUUCACUCUUGAUUUUCCCCUCUUAAAACGGCUAAGUGAUAAAAGAUUUUUUAAAAACAUUGGACAAGCACUUUCAUUGACUUUUUCGUUAAAAAGUAGAGGUAUGUUUAGUCCAACAUAUGAAACUAAAGAGCAUACAAGUAGCUACUUGCGUUAUUAACGCCGAAAAGGAAUUUAAUUUUAAAAGUGCC